UGUUAAAGGGUAUAUAAAAAGUAAACUUUUAAAGGGUUCAUUGCUAAUACCUGCCUGACCAUGUUGGAGCCGACUGAUAUGGGUCUAAGUAUGGCUGGGUGAAACCAGGGGGUUUAGUCCAUUUGUAAAUAUCUUGAUCAAACACUUAUACAUAUUUUGUUACGUUUGGGUGUAGUAGCCUGCCUCUUAGUUAGGCUUUUGGGGGCAGGUUUAGAGCAAUUGUACAAACACCAUUUGGCUCUGGAUUUAAUAAAGGAUGUGGGGGUUAAAUUAGUGGGGAGGAAAUACCCCGCCCGGCCAAACGGGAACCGCCAAGGGGCGGUCGGGCGCUGUCCGCAGCCACGGAGGCAAGAACUCGUACCCACGGCGCCGGGAGCAGCGUGUGCUGUUCUCCGGCAGGGGGCGCGCGGGCUGUCCCGUCCGGGCGCUGCAGCCCCGGCCCCGCCUGGCCGCCCCGCGAUCGAUGCUCUCGGCGGCUCUGCGCCUGGCUCGGUGUCUCGGAGUUCGAUUGUCUCACCCGGAAGCCCGCGGAGCGGACGUCGGUUGCUUUGCUGCAGCCGCAGUCGGUCGGUCGGUGGCGAUGGAGGCGGCGGCGGACCCGCGGUACCCCCGGUCCUCCAUCGAGGAUGACUUCAACUACGGCAGCAACGUGGCCUCGGCCAGUGUCCACAUCCGCAUGGCUUUUCUACGAAAAGUCUACAGUAUUCUUUCAAUUCAAGUUCUUUUGACCACAGUGACGUCUGCAAUUUUUCUGUACUCUACUCCAGUUCAGAAAUUUGUGCAUGAAAGCCCUGCUUUGCUUUUGGUAUCUCUGCUUGGAUCUUUGGUUAUGAUUGUAGCACUAACCCUGUAUAGACAUCAGCAUCCUGUUAAUUUAUACCUACUCUUUGGAUUUACUCUUUUGGAAGCGUUGACUGUUGCUAUUACAGUGACUUUCUAUGAUGUAUCAGUCGUCUUACAAGCUUUUAUUCUGACUACUGCUGUGUUUCUUGGGCUGACUGUGUAUACUUUGCAGUCAAAAAGAGAUUUCAGCAAAUUUGGAGCAGGGCUGUUUGCUUGCUUGUGGAUUUUCAUCCUCUCCAGUCUCUUGAGGCUGUUUUUCUACAGUGAGACAAUAGAGCUGUUGUUUGCUGCUGCGGGAGCGCUGCUAUUCUGCGGAUUUAUCAUCUAUGACACUCAUUUGCUGAUGCACAGACUGUCCCCUGAAGAGUAUAUAUUGGCUGCCAUUAAUCUCUACUUAGAUAUCAUCAAUCUGUUCCUGCAUCUGCUGCGCCUUCUAGAAGCAUUCAAUAAAAAAUAAUUGUAGGCUAUCUGUAGUGAAACUCUUCCUUAAAUAGUGAAAUUUGGUGUAUAGAGGGUUGUGUCUAAAUAGGGUUGGUUUUGAUUAUAUACAAACUGCAGUAUAUUUUGAGACUGAAUCUUCCUGUUUUUCCAUUCCAUGGUUACUGAAUCUUUUUCUUAGAAAUGAAAGGGUUUUAUGUAACUGAUGAGUUUCUGCUCAAAAUAUAUAUUUUACUUUAAUUGCACGCUGCAGCCAUUUCAGUUACUUCCGUAAAGGCUUUAUUUGUGACUAAGGUAGCUUUUGAUGAAAAUGCUUCUCAACUUCUGAUAGCCCUAACACGAACAGUCAGAAAAUCCCAUCAUUUUAUUUCUGCUAUCCUAUAACUGCUGUGGAUGGUUCCUUUGGAAUCAUAAGUCUGUUUGGAUAGUAUAAAAUCAAUUCUCUUCAUUUUGUUAGUGUAUAGUGAUAUUUUACAUAAGCUAAAAUUGUCAUUCUAAAAAUGUAUAUUAGUGGGCCCUUGAUUUGAAAGACUUGGAAUUAUUAGUAAAAUGUAACUACACUUCCUUUAAAAGAUUUUAAUCUACUCUGGCUUAGAGCUAUGAGAUUAUUUUAUUACCAAGGACAAGUAUUUUGGAAUGCCAGUAAGGGGAGGCAAAGUGAAAGUUGUUUUUAGCAAUAAAGAACUGGGAUAGUUUAAGACCAGGUAUGUGUGAGAUGUUGGUCAAGGAGGACUGUAAAUGAAUGUUCUACCUGCUCUUAUAUUUGAGCUGUAUUAAGAAACAUAAUAAAAUUUUAAAUGUUCAGUAACAAGGUCA